AUGAAUUUAAUUCGUUCAUUAGCAAUAAGUUCAUUUAAUUGUCUUAUUUCAGUAUCAAUUUGUACACAAACAGAAGCUAAACUUUAUAAAGCUUUUAUUUUUGAUGCUAAUGUAUCCAAGAACGAAUAUAACUUUGAAAAUAUAAUUGAUCCAGAUCAUAAAUAUAAAUUUCCUCUUGAACUUGAAUGUUAUUAUAAAAAAGACAAACGUACAUUAUUAAACAUUCUAUGUAAAAAAAUUCUUACAUCAUCAAAUUCUGAUAAUCAAUUACAUCAACAACGUUCAUCAACUACACCACGUUAUUUACCUUCUCAAUAUUUAUUUGCUAGUAGUUUAACAGAUGAAUUAGCUAUUUUUGAUUUUACAUCCGUUGUUGCUAGUCAGCAACAAAAUGAUUUAAAUAAAAGUCAAUUAAAUUCUCCUUCAGAAAAUUCAGUUGAAAUUUCAUUAAAUAAAAAAAGUGAUGAUAGACCAGCAUUAAUCGAAGGUACAGAUAAUGAUUUUGAAGCAAAUUUUAUUGAAAUUGAAAUGGAUGAACUUAAUUUACAUCCAUGUAUGGUACCUAUGAUUUGUUUACGUAAACAUAUGGAAACAAAUGGUAUAACAACUAUUCAAUCUGAUAUACCACCUUGGAUGAUUUGUUUAUAA